UUUUACUCCUAAUUGGACGGGAUUGUUAUAAGGACAAGUGAGGGCGGGAACAUCGGGGAAAAAGAAUGACAGCUAAGUCUCCUUACUUCUCAUUGGCCUUACAAACCUCUAGUGGGCGUGGUUGUCUACACGAGCUCGCGUCCUAUUAGCUUUCUGAGCGGCGCGAGCUCUGUGAUUGGCUGGCUCCCGGUUGCCCGUGUUAGGCUCCGCGCCUGCGCAUUACGAGUGUGUUUGCGCGGCUGUGUGUGUCCGGUUAGUUCCAUGUCUGCCGCGCACAGAGCCGGGGAUGGCGGUGGGUACUACCCGGGCGGGGAGGUGCUCGGCCGGCAGAGGCAGGAGGAAGGCUGGGGAGCCGGGUAUUACCCUCCGGAGACUGGGAGAAGCUGGCCGGGAGGCGGGGAGAUGGGAGGAGCCGGCGGAGCUCAGAACUCUCCGUAUUCGGGGUACGAUCAGAGUGGCUGGUCUUGUGCGGGUCACCCCCGACCUCCUUAUCCACCCAAUUACACGGUUGGAGGACAGGGCAUGGAGCACUAUGCCAAUGGCUCCUAUGGACCAGCCUACGGUCAGUCUACAAUGAACUCCCCUUACCCCGGCGUUCACCCAGCCAAUCCCUAUUAUCAGCCGGCUCCGCCUCCUCCUCCGCCUCCCUCGCAGCCUCAAUACGCUGUGGAUCCUUACAAGCAGCAAGGCGGUGCACCGCAAGCCCCCCAACACUGGGGUUACCCUCAGCAGCAUCCUCAAUACCCACAAUACCCCGCUCCUCCGGGGGUGCCUCAGCAGAGCCCGCAGAAUGAAAACUGGAACAUGUAUGGAGCCCACAACCCAUACCAGUGGCACACAGCACCACCCCCUCCUCCGCCCAACCCGAGCAGCGGCCAUUAUAUGGCGGGUGGCAGGCCAUCGUGGACGGGAGGAGAGGUACAGCCAGCAGUGUAUGAUGUGAAGGAUCCAUCUCAGCCACCCAAUUACAAUCAUCAAAGAUCUUUUCCUGGCUACCCCUCCAAUAUCUCUCAGCCGGGGCCAACACCAGAACCCAAGUGUAACCCUCCUACUCCAACAGCCCCACCCAACCCUCAUUACAGCGCUUCUCCUCAAAUGUACAACCGGAAAGAUCCUUCAAACCAAGAAACCACUCCUAGAGCCAAAGAAGCCAACGCUUCUCCAGCUGAUCCCGGCAUUGCGAAGGUCAACCAAAUCUUGGAAAAGGUGGCGGAACUGGAGGAGGAGGUGGAUGAGUUUGUAGGUAGAAAGACUGACAUGAGUUAUCGAAGUUUAGAAGAGCUUUUGACAAAGCAGUUAUUAGAACUAGAUUCCAUAGAAACUGGCGGUCAGGACAGUGUUCGCCAGGCGCGGAAAGAAGCUGUAAGGAAACUACAGUCCAUUCUGGAGAGGCUAGAGCGGAAGGGAUUGUGAUUUCAUGGAAGCGGAAGUCAAGGA